AUGAAGGUGAUGAUUGAUACAGGUGCAAAUCGAUCUUUUAUUUCAAUUAAAGCACUAGAUCCAUCUUAUGGUAAGCACCUUGUUAAUAAAUCACAUAGUCGUAUAAUUUUAGCUGAUGGUCAUACAUCUCUUUCUGUUUUUGGUACAAUGACUCUAUCUAUUACAAUGGGUGAUAUGUUAACUUCUAUUAAAGCAUUUGUUGUUAAAGAAUUAUGUGCUGAUUGUAUUUUAGGCAUGGAUUUCAUUAAUAAAUAUAAAUUAAUUAUUAAUACAGAAGAACAAAUAGUUUCAAUUAGUGAUGAUUAUAAACGUACAACAUUGAAAUUUGCUGUUAAUAAAAACGAUAUAAGAUAUCCUGCACGUUUAAUUAAUAAUGUUCGGGUUUCACCAAAGCAAACAGUAACAGUUCCUGUAUCGGUAGAAUUAUCAUCAGCUCAAGUAUUAUUUCGUCCAUCUUUUAAACUACAACAACGAUCAUCUGUCGUUAUGUUAAAUUCUGCAUUAACUAUUCAUCAUCAUACAUCAUUUAUUUCACUUCAUAAUCCAACAACUUACUCAUAUUCUUUACCAAGAGGAAUUAUUUUGGGAACAACAACUAUUCCUACAUUGUCUUUUAAAAGAAAUUCAACUACUGAUCAUCAAAUCGUACA